AUGGUGUCGCCUAUCCACGAUGACGACACAGAUUAUUCCGACCUCGACGAGGAAGCACCAGCCCCACAUUCGUCGCAACGCCCUUCUGGACCAAAAAAUAGAGAACGAUUGAGCGAAAGGACACCACUGUUGAGCACUUCACCACCGCCUCCAGCCUAUGCCGACGUCACGCGAUUGUACGGUGCUCCCCCAUAUGUCCCACGGGAUGCAUCGAGUAGUACGCCGCCUUACGCAGCCCGCCAUGAUAAUGCGACCGAAGCGGCCGACCUCCGACUUGAACAACCACAAAGCAUGGGUGACCCAAGACGAGAUCCUGAAGAUGGAAAGAAAGUGAUAAAGAAACGUCGAGCGUUUACAAAUCGGAAGACGCUGGCAUGCCUUGUACUCAUACUCGCCGUCUCUCUUUUCGGUUUGAUGGCCAUGACAACAGUCAAGCACGACAAGAGUGAUGAUAAAAAAAAAGGCGAUGACGAAUCUUCACCUCCCAGAGGCGGCUCAUCACACGAUGGUGCAUUUCCCCACUAUGAGAGAUGUAGCUACAGCUCUCUUAGCGACGAGACCGCACUCUCAUUUAAAGCAAAGGAGCGUUUCAGCUUCGUUGAAGUCACUGAAGGCACAAAUAACCCGUCUAGUGAUAUUAAUGGCCAGGUGCACAUACUAAGUGGAAAAGAAGAUCAGAAAGAUCCCGUCAUAGUAGAGUUUAAAGUCGCCAAAUCACCAGGCGCUUCAACAUCGCACUUCAAAGUCGAUUACACAUCAGAAAGUUUGCGCUUGAACUCGCCUGCUUCUGAUGGAGGCCAUGCUAAUGGCUGCAUGGAAAUCGACCUGAGCAUCUAUGUCAAACCUGGAGCUAAAUUUGAGCACCUCGAAGUUGCGACCGAGCAUCUUGACAUUGAGAUUGAACCUGGUCUUUUCCCACCCUCUCAGGAUACAGAAAAUCCUGGCCGAGAUGAUGCAUUCUAUAUCAGCAACACAACCGACUUCAUCGCGGUUUCGGGAGACGUGUCUGCUGCUUAUUGGGAGAGCGGCAGAGAAACUCGAAUAGACCUCACCUCAGGUAGCGUCAGUGGUCGAUUUGCCCUGAGGGAUAUUCUAUCAAUCAAGACAAAAUCUGGCAGCAUCGACGUCAACGUUGAGCCAAAGCCCGAAAGUGAAACAGACCCUAGACCCGCAUCAUUUUCAGCGGAGACAGUAUCUGGAAGCAUCAAAGCAAUUUUCCCGGUAUCUGGCACAGUCGAGGAUAUCCCUUCAAGACUAUACUCUACCAAGAUCGAUAGCAAAAGCGGAUCCAUUCAUGGAGACUACAUACACGGUCUCAAUACCGACAUUUAUACAGCAAGCGGUUCGAUCGACACCAACAUCCUCCCAUAUUCAGCCAAUAGUACCGGGAGCUGGCUUCGAACCGAAACUGUCAACGGAGGCAUAAGAGUUAAUGUUUUGCCGCCCUAUGAGAACCCUAAAGACAUACUCAAACGUCUGAGAAGUGUCCACAAGACCAAAUCUGGGAGUUUGAAGAUCAAGUAUCCCCAACAAUGGGAAGGCAAGAUUGAGGCGGUGACCAUGAGUGGGCACGUUGACUUAGAUGGUAAAGAUGUCAAAGUGCUGAAAGCAUGGAAGGGUCCCGUAGGGGUUCAUCUCAUUGCUCAAAAGGGCCGAGGUAGCAGUGGAAUGGACCUAGGGACGGUUUCGGGCAGCAUCAAGGCCACCAUUGGUGAUGUUUGA